AUGUCAGGGAAGGCUAUUGAUCCGGGCAGAAAAUAUGAGAUUGUAGAUCCAGCAAACGCUAAUAAUUGGAAGUGUCAAUUCUGUAUGGAGUGGACUAGAGGAGGAGUUUAUCGUCUGAAACAGCAUCUCGUUGGUGGUUUUAGGAAUACUCUUGAAUGCAAGAUGUGUCCUGCACAUGUAAAGGAAGAAACCAGAAGAUUCAUGCUUGAAAAAGCAGCAGCAAAAAAAAUUACACAGAUGAUGCCAGAAGUUGACGAGUAUGAUGUUGAGGAAGAGAUUGAUUGUGAGGCAAGCGGCUCACGCAACAAAACUGCACUUAAAAUGCCGAGACCCAAAGGUCCAAUGGACAGGGCUAUUGCUAGGUGGAUCUACGAUGCUGGUAUUCCUUUUAAUAGUGUUAAUUAUGAGAGUUUCCCUCAAAUGCUCAAAGAAAUUGCUCAAUAUGGACCAGGAUUAAAGCCGCCAACUAUGUAUGAGCUACGGGUUCCUCUUCUUAAAAAAGAAGUAGAUGAUACUCAUGCUCAGUUGGUUGAGCAUAAAAAAGAAUGGGCGUCUAAGGGUUGUUCUAUCAUGUCAGAUGGAUGGCGUGAUUCCGUGGUGCAAAAGGAUAUUAUCAACCUUCUAGUUAACUCUCCAAAAGGUUCUGUUUUCAUAAAAUCCAACGAUGUUUCCGAAAUCGUGAAAAGUUCAACAUUGUUGUUUGAUAUGCUUAGCCGUAUGGUUGAAGAAGUUGGAGAGCAAUACGUGGUUCAAGUCGUAACUGACAAUGCGUCAAACUACGUCAAAGCAGGAAAAUUACUAAUGGCUGAACGGAAGCAUCUUUAUUGGACUCCAUGUGCCGCACAUUGCAUUGAUUUGAUGUUGGAAGAUAUUGGAAAACUUUCAAUGGUGAAAGAUGCUAUAAAGAAGUGCAUAUACAUGAAUGGCUACAUUUAUAGUCACACUUCUCUUGUGAACAUGAUGAGAAAAUUCACCAAGGAAAGAAAUUUGCAUAGGCCAUCUAUUACGAGGUUUGCAACAUCUUUCAUUACCCUUUCUCACUAUCAUAAGCAAAAGAAUAACUUGAGAAAGCUGGUUACUUCCAAAGAAUGGAAUAAUUCAAAAUGGCCAAAGGAAGCGGGAGGAAAAAAAGUGAGAACGUAUAUUUUGCAAGAAAGCUUUUGGAAGCAAGUUCUUUAUGCUCUAAAGUUGACUGGCCCUCUUGUUAAGGUACUUAGGAUCGUCGAUAAUGAGAAAAAACCAGCUAUGGGGUACAUUUAUGCAGCCAUGGAAAGGGCUAAAGAGACAAUUGUGAGGGCUUUCAACGUACGAGAAGAAAACUACAAAACAGCCUUUAAGAUCAUUGAUGAAAGGUGGAGGUGUCAACUUCAUCAUCCGUUGCACGCGGCUGGUUAUUUCCUAAAUUCGGUAAUCCAAUAUGAUCAUCGUGAAGAGGUUGAUUGUGAAGUAGUCGAGAACGGUUUGUAUGCGUGCAUUGAAAGGUUAGUUCCAGAUAAAGAAACUCAAGACAAAAUUACUAUGGAGUUGGAGAAAUUUAAAAAUGUUGAAGGGCUCUUUGGUUGCAACAUGGCAGUUAGGCAAAAAAAGUUAAAAUCACCAGCGGAUUGGUGGUCUUCUUACGGAAAUACAGCUCCAAGCUUGAAGAGCUUUGCUAUAAAAGUUCUUAGCCUUACUUGUAGUGCUACUGGUUGCGAGAGAAAUUGGAGUGUUUUUCAACAUCUUCAUACAAAAAAAGGAACCGAUUAG